AUGAGGUCGUGGCACAGGGAUGUCCCCACUGGGCGAUACGUGAUAGUCGUGAGCCACCCCGCAGGCGGAGCUUCGGGCGGGAUUCUGGCUGGCCACCUGGCGUCGUCUUUCCUCCUCCAGCUUUGUCCUCAUGGUACCACCGUCACCACCAUCUCCAGAGAGGACUGGAGAGGCCACAGUAGUGAGUACUACAACAGAAGUCUGGGUACCUGGUCUCUCUCGUCCACUCUGAGCAUGCUCAGAAACUCCUUCAGAGAACUUGACUUUCUGAAGACUCCAGUCUAGCCCCGCCCACGUACCACACCCACCACUCAAUAAUUCAUUACACCAUCAUCAUCAUCAUCAUCAGUUCAGAUUAUAUUCACACACUAAACAUGAAUCACAACAAACUACAAAAGCGGUACUAAAUCUUGUUUAUUGCGUUUCAGACAGCAUUCUUGCGAAGCCCUUGUCAGAUUCUUCAAGCUUGUCUUUGUAGUCGUCUCUUUGUUUCUUGAAUUCCUCUAUCUUGUCGCGCAUUGUUUGGCCCCUAGAUCUUUCAUUCCAUAGAUCUUUGCACAUUCGGUCCUUCUCAUGCGCUGCUUCACUCCUCUGCUUCUUUGAUUCUUCCAGUUCGUUGGUGGCUGCUUCAGCUUUUUCUGCGAGAUCUUUAUUUGUCAGAGUCAUCAUUGAGACACUAUUUCUCAUAGAUUCCAUUGAUGCUUCCAUAUCAGUCUGCUUUUUUCGAAGUGCUUGAAUAGUUGAUACAUACUCGGUCUGGUUGCAUUUCAGGACCUUAUUUUCUUCAGUUUUUUCACUGAGUCUGUCUUGAAAGUAUUCGAUUUGAAGGCCGACCAGUUCAGUAGAAAUGUGCUCUGCUGAUUGGCUGUUGCGAUAGGCUGAGGACUUGAUCAUGUUGUCCAGAUCCUGACAGAGCUUUGUGGCUGAUGGUCGCAAGCUGUCCUUGUCAUUCAAGCACUUGAUAAUAAGCGGGUAAAGAGGAUGGUUUCUAUCUUCUACACUCUGCAGAUCUUUUGCGUAUCUCUCCACUUCACUGGACUCGUGAGCCUGUGUGUUUGGUUGGGGGAGCUCUCGAGUGGCAAUAUGAAUGCCCAAGACUCCAAAAGAAAAGCAGUCGAUGGCUCCAUCGUAGUCGGCGCAGCUGAAAGAGUCUCGUGGCAUGCUUUCUGGUGCCCCUGGGCACAAUGAGAGCUCUCCAUCUGGGGUGUUGAUCUGAAGGGUCAUUAACCCACAGAUUUUUGCCCUCCCCCUCUUGACCAGAACGUUGGUGGCAGUCAGGUUUCCAUGGAUGAUGUCCUGUGCAUGCAGGUAUUCCAGACCCUGAGCCACGUCACUGCAGAUGUCAAGCUGCAGGUAAAGCGGGAGAUCUAAUUUACGGUGAUCCAAGAAUUCCUUUAGACUUUGAUCCAUCAGCUCCAUGAGCAGGAUUGGUUGCCUUAGGCGAUUAUCGCGGUGGAUAUGGAGGAAAGCAACGAUAUUAGGAUGUCGACAGUCAUGCAGGAUCUUGCAGCCCUUCUUGAAAUUCUCCAGUUGCCAGGACGAGGUCUCGACCAG